GCGCAGGGCUGCGGCGCGCAGAGUCAGGGGCGGGCCGCGGGGGCUCCCACGUCCCGCAGCCCGGGGUCUUUGCCACUGUGCGGCCGAGGAGGGAGGUGGCUUGCUAGGUCGGGCUGGACCUUCGGGCAGGAGCCGGCGGCCCGCGUGGGGUCGUACUCCCCUCUCCGCAGUGGAUUCUGCCGCGGGCUGGGUCCAGGGUCCCAGCGUCUCCCACCGAGGCCGCCGCGAGGUCCAGGCGGCUGUGGGGCUCGAGCCCGAGACCUCUCCGGACCGUCGUGCUGCAGCCCCAGCCCUCAUGACGGACAGAAGACUCGUGGUGGUUUUUGGAGCAACGGGUGCCCAGGGGGGCUCAGUGGCCCGCACGCUCCUGGAAGAUGGGACGUUCAGGGUUCGAGUGGUGACCCGGGACCCUGAGCAGAAGGCCGCGAAGGAGCUGAGGCUGCGAGGUGCGGAAGUAGUGCAGGGGGACCAGAAUGACGAGGCGAGCAUGGCGCGGGCCCUGGCCGGGGCUCGUGCCGCCUUCAUCGUCACCAACUACUGGGAGAACUGCAGCCAGGAGCAGGAGGUCAGGCAGGGAAAGCUGCUGGCCGAUCUGGCCAAGCGCCUGGGCCUGCACUACGUGGUGUACAGCGGCCUGGAGAACAUCAGAAAGCUGACGGCAGGGAGGCUGGCAGCUGGCCACUUUGACGGCAAAGGGGAGGUCGAGGAGUAUUUCCGGGACAUCGGCGUUCCCAUGACCAGCGUGCGGCUACCCUGCUAUUUUGAGAACUUCCUCUCCUACUUUCUGCCCCAGAAAGCCCCGGAUGGAAAGAGCUACUUGUUGAGCCUGCCUAUGGGGAACGUGCCCAUGGAUGGCAUGGCUGUGAGUGACCUGGGUCCUGUAGUGCUCAGCCUGCUGAAAAACCCAGAAGAGUACGUGGGCCGGAACAUCGGGCUCAGUACCUGCAGGCACACGGCAGAGGAGUUCGCGGGCCUGCUCACGAAGCACACCGGCAAGGUGGUGCGGGAUGCCAAGACCACUCCUGAGGACUACGAGAAGCUUGGGUUCCCUGGAGCCCAGGACCUGGCCAACAUGUUCCGUUUCUAUGCCCUGAAACCUGACCGCGACAUAGAGCUGACCCUGAGACUGAACCCCAAGGCCCAGACGCUAGACCAGUGGCUGGAGCAGCACAAAGGGGACUUCGCCCAGCUAUGACCUACCCAGCUCAACCCCAAGCUCGGGAGGGAGGCACGCAGGCACCAUUCGUCCUUUCUUGUGUUACAAAGAAAAUACAUUUUUAAAUAAAGCCAUUGUUCUUACA